AGAAUAGCCAAGUCGAUUGAUUUCACAUUGGGGAAACCCACUUCAAAAAUACAAAUAGAAAUGGCGUAGCGUUGAAUAAAAUGACGCAGUUGAGAGUUGUUGAAAGAACCAACGUUUUCCAUAAGUCAAGACGUGCGCUGGCAUUACUCCCACACCUAGUCCCACACGAUGGCUUCCACAAUGUCUACUGUGACGCAGUUCACAUUUGAUCAAGUUGACAGCUUAGAAGAUUGGGUAGCAAUCAAAGAGCAUCCAUUCUUUGAAAAAGAAAAGCACAGCAAGCUGAGCUUUAUUGUUGCUUAUAAUGAAGUUGAGGAGAAGAUCGCUGUCACUGCUCGUGAAGGUGCUCGAGUAGCCAGCGAUACGGAAAUCGUUGGAUGGUCUGGAUUGUAUUCAUUUAGAGAUUUACGUUGCAUUCAUGAACAGUUAUGCCUAGUGCACCCAAGUUUAUCUCCAUAUCUCCCUGAACUUCCUCAAGAACAUAGAGGUCUUAUGGCUAUGUUUAGCACUCCAGAGUUGCCACCAGAAAACGUCAGUGAAUUAAUUGAAAUGUUUCUGAAAAUAGCCCUUGAAAUAUGUGGACAGUCUCUGCUUGUGUCAACGCUCUUUGAGACUCAUACUUACGAGGAGUAUUUUGAAAAUGUGAGCGAGCUUAAGAAGCGACAGUAUGAUGAGGCAGUCAGUCGUGCUGAAGAGGAAUUGCGCAGUAUCUUAUUCUUGCGAGAUGGUUCGAUCAAUAUGUUAGAUAUGUCAGAAAUGUAUAGUCUAGAAGAUGAGACUUUGUUUAAACUCAACGUAGCUUUGGCAAGACUUUAUAACUACCAACUACAGCCGUUUUUAGACAUGAGAGAAGUUAGUUAUAACAAGGUCCAAGAAGCUAAGAGACAAUUAAAGAAUCCUAAUAUUGGGAAUCGUGUCAAGGCCGAGUACGCAGCUAUGUUUACUGAAUGGCAGGCACACUAUUCGCAGGCUUUGGACAUGAUUCAAGAAGUCUAUAUCAAGUACUACACAAAGUCUACAGAAAUUUUGGAAGAUGUCAAAGCUCGUUUACUGUGUGACAAAGACAGCUUUGGAAAAUCUGCAUUUGUUCUUAGUGGCAGACCAAGGUUGGAAAGGGUCGAGGAAGACUUGUCUCUGGAGAGACAACAGUUGUUACAUUCUGAAAAGAAACGUUGUGAAAACCAGAGAGAUAAGCUCAAACAGGAGAUUGCCAGUCUGGAAGAAGGUUCCGAUUUCUCACAGAGACUUGAAAAGUUGGAAAAGUCUGUCUAUGACUGGCAAGUGAAGGUGUACGACACCCAUUUACGGAUCACAGAGGAAGAAGAGCAUUUUCAGAAGUUUAGGUUACAAGUUAUACAGAAUGCAAUCAAAGAAAGCGAAGAAGAGGUUGUCUUUUAUGAUGCCGUGGAGGAUGAAGAAGAGCUGAGUCCGGAAGAUGAACCAGCUGGGAAAGUAACUGAUCCAAGGGUCUUAGCCAUCAAACAAAAGCUUAGUGCCAUCUAUAGGAGACGAGCCAAUAUCAGAAAUAAGAAAAAGAAAAUCAUCCAAGAUCGUGCGGAAAAGAAGAAGAAGAAGGUAGAGGAAAAGGAGAAGAAGACUAAGAAACGACCAAUAACAGUGAAAAAGGAAAAGCAGCAAGAUGACCAACAGAAAAAUCAAGAAAGAAUUCAGCAGGAAAGAAGGAAAACCCUGGAAAGAUUGAAGCAAUACAAAAUGAAAUAUCCGAGUCGCCCGCCUCUGAGGCCAACAAGAUUCCAACGCCAGCCUGGUCAACCUAUGUCUAUGGUGGAUAGUGGUGCCUAUAGCUCAACAUUUACCAUAGAGACGGAGAGAGGGACCGACACACCUGAUCAUGGCAGUCUUCCAGUCAUCUCAAGCCCCUUCCCUCGUGCCCCACCUUCAACCCCUGCAAAUUUCUCCCCUUCAUCAGAGAUUCCCCCUCCACCCCCUCCACCUCCACCACCUUCAACACCAGCAACUUUCUCACCAAGCAGAACACCCCCUCCUCCCCCACCCCCACCUCCAGUUGCCCCACAGGCACCCAUGCCUCCGCCCUUGCCAGUACCACCCAAACAGUCACCAUGGCGGAAGGAUAACAAACCCCUGGAAACAGUCCAGGAAAAUGUCAAGCCUUCAAGAGAGUUUCAAAUUGAUGCUAAGAAUAUCAGCGACAUGAAAUCCAAGUUACGCCGUGCUGGGAGUGCAGAAUCGUAUGCCAAGCAGAAACCAAAGUCAGUGGAUCCUGUGAAUGACAUGAUGGCUCUUAUCCGUCAAGGUGUCGAACUCCGUAAAGUUCACACAGGUGAUGAAGAGGAUGAGAGGAUGAAGAGCUCGAUGCCGUCAGCCAGCGAUGAACACAUUCGAGUGUUACAGGAUGCGCUGACAAGAAUCGGUAAACAUACGAACACGUCUUCAGAUGAGGAGGAUGGUGCAUUUGACAGUGACUUUGAUGACUGAUUUGGUUCUGAAGACUGUUGCUUUGUAUCAAUCAUUUAUCUGAGCUUUUAUUCAAGAAGAUAAUGAAGGACUCGCCACCAUUGGCAGGACAAUUGGUGAACACAAAAACGUGUCUUCAGAUGAGAAAGAUGGUGCAUCUGUUUGUGACUUUGAUGAUUGAAUUAGAUUUUGUAAAUAUCAGAUAAUUUAUAGCCUUCAAAGCUUCAUUAUGAGAGAAUGGAGAAUUAAGUAUUUUAUGUAAUUUAGCUUAAAUUGCAGGUUUCUGUUAUAUUUGUGUGAAUGGAAUCAAAUUUGGAAGUUCACUGUGCAUAGAAGUGAUGAAAGAAACUGGAGGGCAUUUUAUCUGUGGCCCUGUUUUAAAGCAAUACUAAUAGGUGGCAAUAGUAGUGUUAUGCCCUUCACCUCUUAAGUUUCAUGACUUAUUUGUUACCAUAAAAGUGUGGAGAGAGCAUUCCGGGGAAGAUCACUGUCAUCAGUGGUAACUUUCGUGCAAUUCAACCUGUAUCCCAAUAUAUAUGUUUACAUAUAAAGGACAUUGUCAUCUCACUUAUCAUAUCUUUGCAGCGCAGCAGCGACUAUUGAUAAAGUUUCAUCUAAAAUUUUCGCUAAUAAAAUGAUACUGAGUAUGUCCUUUUGGGCACUUGACACUUAGACAGAAAUGGGGUUGCCAAGGUCAUAGGUCACAUUUUUCCGAAAAGGAAUUGAUCAAAAUCGUAUUGCAGUACAAACUAUAUGAAAAGUUCUAAUGCUAGUGAGAAGUUUUCCAACUGAUCAAUUUGAGGUUAGUUUUGUAGAAGGUUUUGUUUUGCAUGUACUUCUACGGGUAAUUUAUUUUGUAAAUACAUAAUUCGCAAGAAUAGAGCAAAUCACUGUC